AUGCCUACCGUAGGUGUCUGCUGGAUGGACGGCUUCUGGGUGAAGCGAGGCGCUCCAGGCAUGGCUAGUACCUAAGAGGAGGCUCGAGGCGAUGGCCGAGAGAGGGAGCGGCUGGCUGCGAGCGAUUCGAGGCAAGUCCGCCCAACUAAAAAUACACUGCCUCUCCUCCGCCCGGCUGAUACUGCCCGAAGGAAAACUCGAGGCAAUGCACUUAACCCCACAACUGGUAACCAAUCACGAUCGGUCGUGCCUUUAGCACCUCCACAUCUGGCGCCAAACUCAUUCCAGCGCCUUCGCCUGCUGCAAGCUUGGCAAGGCCAGACAUUGUUUGGAGAUUCUCGUGGGCUCAAAACAAUAGUGCUUUGCAACGGAAACUUGUGA